GACUUCUGCCCUCAUGACUGUGCAGUCCAGUGUGGUGGACAGAUACAUGGACAGAUGGUGUAAUAUCACGUGCAAUGGAAGAGUUAAUAGUUGAACUUCGUCUUUUUCUUGAACUCCUGGACCAUGAAUAUCUGACAUCAACUGUCAGGGAGAAAAAGGCAGUAAUAACCAACAUUCUGCUGAGGAUACAGUCAUCGAAAGGUUUUGAAGUGAAAGAUCAUGCUCCGAAGCAAGAGACCACCAACAGCCUGCCAGCCCCUCCUCAGAUGCCUCUGCCGGAGAUCCCUCAGCCCUGGCUGCCUCCAGACAGUGGGCCUCCACCAUUACCGACAUCCUCCCUCCCAGAAGGUUAUUAUGAGGAAGCUGUGCCACUGAGUCCUGGAAAAGCUCCGGAAUACAUCACAUCAAAUUAUGACUCGGAUGCCAUGAGCAGCUCAUAUGAGUCAUAUGACGAAGAGGAGGAGGACGGGAAGGGGAAGAAGGCCCGUCACCAAUGGCCCUCUGAGGAGGCCUCCAUGGACCUGGUGAAGGAUGCCAAGAUUUGUGCCUUCCUGCUGCGGAAAAAGCGCUUUGGCCAGUGGACAAAGCUGCUCUGCGUCAUCAAGGACACCAAACUCCUGUGCUAUAAAAGUUCCAAGGACCAGCAGCCUCAGAUGGAACUGCCACUCCAAGGCUGCAACAUUACAUAUAUCCCGAAAGACAGCAAAAAGAAGAAACAUGAGUUGAAAAUUACUCAGCAAGGCACAGACCCACUUGUCCUGGCAGUCCAGAGUAAGGAGCAGGCCGAGCAGUGGCUAAAGGUGAUCAAGGAAGCCUACAGUGGCUGCAGUGGACCCGCAGAUUCAGAGUGUCCUCCUCCGUCAAGCUCCCCAGUGCACAAGGCAGAACUAGAGAAGAAGCUGUCCUCAGAGAGACCCAGCUCGGAUGGAGAGGGUGUUGUAGAAAAUGGAAUUACCAUGUGUAAUGGAAAAGAGCAAGUGAAGAGGAAGAAAAGUUCCAAAUCAGAGGCCAAAGGAACCGUAUCCAAAGUCACCGGGAAAAAAAUAACCAAGAUCAUCGGUCUGGGAAAGAAAAAGCCGUCCACAGACGAGCAGACUUCUUCAGCUGAGGAAGACGUCCCUACUUGUGGCUAUCUAAACGUGCUCUCCAAUAACCGCUGGCGGGAGCGCUGGUGCAGAGUAAAAGAUAAUAAGCUCAUUUUCCACAAGGACAGGACCGAUCUGAAGACGCAUAUUGUCUCCAUUCCUCUCCGUGGCUGUGAGGUGAUCCCAGGCUUGGAUUCCAAACACCUGCUGACUUUCCGACUGCUUCGCAACGGGCAGGAGGUUGCUGUGUUAGAGGCAUCUUCUUCUGAAGAAAUGGGCAGAUGGAUUGGAAUUUUACUAGCUGAGACAGGGUCAUCCACAGACCCAGGUGCUCUUCAUUAUGACUAUAUAGAUGUGGAGAUGUCCGCAAACGUCAUUCAGACAGCCAAGCAAACCUUCUGUUUCAUGAACAGGCGUGUUAUAUCUGCUAACCCAUACCGAGGGAGCACGUCCAACGGCUAUGCCCACCCCAGCGGGGCGGCACUUCACUAUGAUGACGUCCCCUGCAUAAACGGCUCGUGGGAACCAGAAGAUGGCUUUCCUGCUUCCUGUAGCAGAGGCUUGGGAGAAGAGGUGCUUUAUGAUAAUGCAGGCCUGUACGAUAACUUGCCGUCUCCGAAAAUCUUUGCACGCUACUCUGCUGCUGACAAAAAGGCUUCUAGGUUCUGUGCUGACAAGCUGUCCUCUAACCAUUACAAACACCCUGCCUCCUCCAGCCUGCCUUCCAACCAGUCUGUAACUAACACCUCUUCUCUGGGGAGGGCAUCUCUCGGGCUCAACUCCCAGUUCAAGAGUAAAAAGCCCCCAGUGGCAUCUAAUGGGGUUACAGGAAAAGGGAAGACUCAGAGCAGUCAGCCAAAGAAAGCUGAUUCUGCAGCCGGCGUGAAACGGACAGCGUCAAAUGCUGACCAGUACAAAUAUGGCAAGAACCGGGUAGAGGCUGACGCUAAGCGGUUACAGACCAAAGAAGAGGAGCUGCUGAAGAGGAAAGAAGCCCUGCGGAACAGGUUGGCCCAGCUCCGAAAAGAAAGAAAAGACCUUAGAGCUGCCAUUGAAGUGAACGCCGGCAGGAAGACCCAGGUGAUUCUGGAAGAUAAGCUAAAGAAGCUGGAGGAGGAGUGUAAGCAGAAGGAGACAGAGCGCGUCAACCUGGAGCUGGAGCUGACAGAGGUCAAGGAGAGCCUCAAGAAAGCGCUGGCGGGCGGGGUCACUCUGGGGCUGGCCAUCGAGCCGAAGUCAGGGACGUCGAGUCCACAGUCUCCCGUGUUUAGGCAUCGGACUUUGGAAAACUCGCCCAUCUCCAGCUGCGACACUAGCGACGCGGAAGGCCCCAUGCCAGUGAACAGCGCGGCCAUCCUGAGGAAGAGCCCGCCGGCCUCAGGCAGCUCCCCCUGCCGUGGGCACGUGCUGCGGAAGGCCAAGGAAUGGGAAUUGAAGAACGGGACAUAAAGGAAAGACGAUUGUGCCUCAACCUCAGAGAGAGACUGUGCACCCUUUCCCGUGUCCUCAUCGAGUGACCACAGGAAGCCCUCCCCUACGUGGCCUCAAGCAGCGCACCUGCCAGGGUUCUGCAGUGGAGUUCUGAUGCCAGCGCCUGACCAAGCUCUCUCUUGUAUUCUGUCUACUGUAUAAUGGUGCCCCUAAAAACAUUCACUUGUAAGACUUUGGUUUCCAACUUUGUUAUAAAACAAAAACAGAGGGAUGAAAAGUUACUGUCAAGAAUCCUGUGGCAGGUGGAGGAUUUACACCUUUCUGACCAGUUAAAAGAUUGGUUUAAGCAAUUUUAACCCAGUCCCAGCCUGAAGGUGGAUGGACUAGUGAGCCCUGGGGGAAGCCUUGGACUGGACCCGGAGGAGUGUGGGCCCCAUAUCCUCGGCAGGCAUCCAGAUCGCCUGCAUGGCCACUGGGAAGGCAGGGGCUACGUAGCUGUGACGGAGUGGCUUGAGUCCUCAUGUCCUGGCGUCCCUUCCUUGUGUGCCUUCCCCCUCGUCACUGGAGGUAAAGUCAUGAGACAGUUGUGCUGUGAGGCAUUUUUUACCUUCUAAUGAUUUUUCUCUGGACAGAUGCUUUUGUCACCAGGGCGUGAAAAGCUGCCAUUCUUUUUAACCUGUUUUCUAAAAGUGUCCCUUUUUAUCAUGUGUCGCACUUAGAUCUAAGGAUUUUUCAGAGAUUCUGUAUCCUAUUUUAUUAAUUAUUUGUACUGCUUUUGAAAGGCAGCAGAGUGUUUUUAAUACUUCACUAAUGGGCAACCUUUUCCCCCUUGGCCCGAUGUCCCCAACCCUUUCCACCACCCCCAAGCCGGCAGGUGCUCCUCAGAGAGCCAGGCCGCCACACAGGAUGGGCGGGGCUGUGUCAUCGUUUGUCUACAGGAUGUGCACUGAUGCAUGGGCUGGAACAGUCCUUUGAAAAGGAAGCAAGUUUUGGAACUUGCACUGUUAUAGAACUGUCACAUUUUGGAGCAAGAGAUGGGCCUUUGAGAGCUCCUUGCCCCCCUCAGCGCCUUCCUCCAGCAGUGAAUGGAGGCCACGAGGGGUCGGAGGAUCUGGUCCCGCUGUUUCUCUCCCAAGCAUGGUAGGCCUGGGCCGGGCCUCCUCCCGCUUCUCACACCUGCCUUCUGUGCAAUAUUUCUUGGGGAGCUUGGAUGUCCGAGGCAUAAAGAGAAAAACAAGUUCAUAGGUUGGGCUAGUGUCUCCCCCAUGGGUUUAAGAAUCAGAUUAACUUCUUGGCCUCCAGAGGGCUACUGUCAGGAAUUCUCCAUCACGGGAAGAUGCAGUCACUGAUGAGGAAAUGAGUUAGUCACCCCAGAAACCCUCUGCAGAUGAUCAGGGGGGCCAGUCACACGUGUGUGGUGGGUCCUUCCCCCUAUGUGCAGAGCUGUAAUGAUGCUGCGCUUGGCACAAGCCUCUUAUCCACUGUCCAGAAUGUCCUUCCCAUCAAAUGUAGAAAGAGAUGGCAGGAAGACACAGCUCCUGCAUGUUCCAGGCACCCUUUCAGAGCAUGUCCUAAGCUCAGCCAGCCAUCCGCAGGCCUUCUCAGUUAGGAUUAAUGUUUAAUACCAUGGCCCUGAAGCCCAGCAAGGGCUGUAUUUGAUUUUACUUACUAGAGCAUGGAAGUAGUCUCAAGUGUAUAAGAAAGUUUUACAACAAGAAUUGGAAGCUGCUUAACUUGAGUUCACCUGAAACUUGAAUUUAUUGCCAAGCCAUCUGCCAGGAGCAUUUUUGGCUCAUGAGCCGUCAGCUGGCAUCCUUGUGCUCCGGCCCCUUCCUUCACGGCGUAAUAAAUGGGGUCACAGCACGCCAGCACCGAUGACAUCAGCUCCCACUAGGAAAGCCUAAGGGCAAGGAGAGGGAAGCCUUCUAGAAGCUUUGCCGAGGUCUCCCCACUCCUCUUGCGGUGAUCUGUACUAUCAUCACAGGCAGCUGUGACCACCUCGUAUCAUAUGAAACUAAUUUUCUGUAAAGGGAAAAAAGUUUGAUCUACCCUAGGCUUUUGCUACCUUUGCCCAAGAGAGCAGUGCCAGGUUUUGAUGGUUAUUAAGAGAAGGGGGAAGAUGGCCAGCCUGGACUCUUGUUGCAGCAGAAGUCGCGUCAGUCAUCUGGCGGGCGGGGCACUAACAGCAUCAGGCGUAGCACAUAGACCUCAGACCUCACCCGGACUGUUGUCUUCAUCUGGCAAGUGGAGACCCUGAAGCUUUGGGAGUAUGUCUUGACCAAGGACAUGGCUAAUUGGAGCCAGAGUAGGAUCUAGGCCCCGGCCUUCUGACUCCUGGUAUACGUAUUCUGUAUUUAAAACCCCAUGUUUGUAACUUACUUUUCAAACCCACAGCCUUGGCAAA